GUUGAACAUGCCGGAAAAGUAUUUUAAUGGUCUUUUAAACAAAGUAAAUGGACUACAUCUGAUUAUAAUCACUGAUCGUGACGGAGCACCUUUAAUGCAAUUCAGUCAUGAUAAAAACGUUAAUUUUGCCUUAACUCCCUCCUUUAUACAAACAUUCACCACAGCAAGUGAUCAGGCCGGAAAACUGGGUUUAGGUCGCAAUAAAACUAUUAUAUCCAUGUAUUCAAAUUAUCAGGUAGUUCAAAUGAAUAAAUUGCCUUUGAUAUUAACCUUUGUCGGUGCUGAAAAUUGCAAUACUGGCCAUAUUCUAGCUCUGGACCAUCAGUUAGAUGCUCAUUUAGAGGAUAUGAAACUGGCUGUAACAGAAGCCUGAAAUAUAUUUUCUUCUUCUAUUGUUUCAAUUUAGUUUUCUUGCAUUUUAUUUUUUAUUUCCAUAAUCUAUGUUUAGUAAGUGAUGCGAGACAAAGAUAUGCAGAAAAAAAAAAACGAACAAUAAAAGAGUAAUAAUGGAAUCGGAAAGAGAAAUCAACAAUACAAUAGAAAAAAAAAACAAAAAGUCAAUAAUAGCAUACAAAAUGUAUCAAGUCUUACAAAUUACAACACUCUUUACGAAGGAAUGACUUUACUUAAAUUCUGUUUUUCAGUAAAAAAAAAAAAAUAUUUUUGAGCUUAACAA